AUGAACCUCAUGACUUUCUCCCUCCAGUCGGAACAUGAUGCCCUUCUAGAAAGUACCUUAGGACAUGCUAACCCUCUUGAAAGUGCGAUUUAUGCAAAGAGUCAUCCCAAGCGCCAUGCAUUCUCCAGUGACCUCCAACACCCACCAUCACCGGAAGCGAUGCUGCAGCGAACGAACGAUACAGGAAGUGCCACAGUGCUUGCUGCUUCCUUUUCAAAAAAUGGCCGCAAAAACUAA